UCUCCCGGCACCGCCCACUCCCCUCCUCACGGCCGCUCCUCCCUCCGCCCGGAUAGCCGGCGGCGGCGGCGGCGGCGGCGGCGGCCGGGAGAGGCCCCUCCUUCACGCCCUGCUUCUCUCCCUCACUCGCAGUCGAGCCGAGCCGGUGGACCCGCCUGGGCUCCGACCCUGCCCAGGCCAUGGCCGGCAACGUGAAGAAGAGCUCUGGGGCCGGGGGCGGCGGCGGCUCCGGGGGCUCGGGCUCGGGUGGCCUGAUUGGGCUCAUGAAGGACGCCUUCCAGCCGCACCACCACCACCACCACCACCUCAGCCCCCACCCGCCGGGGACCGUGGACAAGAAGAUGGUGGAGAAGUGCUGGAAGCUCAUGGACAAGGUGGUGCGUUUGUGUCAGAACCCAAAGCUGGCGCUAAAGAAUAGCCCACCUUAUAUCUUAGACCUGCUGCCAGAUACCUACCAGCAUCUCCGUACUAUCUUGUCAAGAUAUGAGGGGAAGAUGGAGACACUUGGAGAAAAUGAGUAUUUUAGGGUAUUCAUGGAGAAUUUGAUGAAGAAAACUAAGCAAACCAUAAGCCUCUUCAAGGAGGGAAAAGAAAGAAUGUAUGAGGAGAAUUCUCAGCCUAGGCGAAACCUAACCAAACUGUCCCUCAUCUUCAGCCACAUGCUGGCAGAGCUAAAAGGAAUUUUUCCAAGUGGACUCUUUCAAGGAGACACGUUUCGGAUUACUAAAGCAGAUGCUGCAGAAUUUUGGAGAAAAGCUUUUGGGGAAAAGACAAUAGUCCCUUGGAAGAGCUUUCGACAGGCUCUACAUGAAGUGCAUCCCAUCAGUUCUGGGCUGGAGGCCAUGGCUCUGAAAUCCACUAUUGAUCUGACCUGCAAUGAUUAUAUUUCAGUUUUUGAAUUUGACAUCUUUACCCGACUCUUUCAGCCCUGGUCCUCUUUGCUCAGGAAUUGGAACAGCCUUGCUGUAACUCAUCCUGGCUACAUGGCUUUCUUGACGUAUGACGAAGUGAAAGCUCGGCUCCAGAAAUUCAUUCACAAACCUGGCAGUUACAUCUUCCGGCUGAGCUGUACUCGUCUGGGUCAGUGGGCUAUUGGGUAUGUUACUGCCGAUGGGAACAUUCUCCAGACAAUCCCUCACAAUAAACCUCUCUUCCAAGCACUGAUUGAUGGCUUCAGGGAAGGCUUCUAUUUGUUUCCUGAUGGACGAAAUCAGAAUCCUGAUCUGACUGGCUUAUGUGAACCAACUCCCCAAGACCAUAUCAAAGUGACCCAGGAACAAUAUGAAUUAUACUGUGAGAUGGGCUCCACAUUCCAGCUGUGUAAAAUAUGUGCUGAAAAUGAUAAGGAUGUAAAGAUUGAGCCCUGUGGACACCUCAUGUGCACAUCCUGUCUUACAUCCUGGCAGGAAUCAGAAGGUCAGGGCUGUCCUUUCUGCCGAUGUGAGAUUAAAGGUACUGAACCCAUCGUGGUAGAUCCAUUUGAUCCUAGAGGGAGUGGCAGCCUGUUGAGGCAAGGAGCAGAGGGAGCUCCCUCCCCAAAUUAUGAUGAUGAUGACGAUGAACGAGCUGAUGAUACUCUCUUCAUGAUGAAGGAAUUGGCUGGUGCCAAGGUGGAACGGCCGCCUUCUCCAUUCUCCAUGGCCCCACAAGCUUCCCUUCCCCCAGUGCCACCACGACUUGACCUUCUGCCGCAGCGAGUAUGUGUUCCCUCAAGUGCUUCUGCUCUUGGAACUGCUUCUAAGUCUGCUUCUGGCUCCCUUCAUAAAGACAAACCAUUGCCAGUACCUCCCACACUUCGAGAUCUUCCACCACCACCGCCUCCAGACCGGCCAUAUUCUGUUGGAACAGAAUCCCGACCUCAGAGACGCCCCUUGCCUUGUACACCAGGCGAUUGUCCAUCCAGAGACAAACUGCCACCUGUCCCCUCUAGCCGCCUUGGAGACUCAUGGCUGCCCCGGCCGAUCCCCAAAGUACCAGUAUCUGCCCCAAGUUCCGGUGAUCCCUGGACAGGAAGAGAAUUAACCAACCGGCACUCACUUCCAUUUUCAUUGCCCUCACAAAUGGAGCCCAGACCAGAUGUGCCUAGGCUCGGAAGCACGUUCAGUCUGGAUACCUCCAUGAGUAUGAAUAGCAGCCCAUUAGUAGGUCCAGAGUGUGACCACCCCAAAAUCAAACCUUCCUCAUCUGCCAAUGCCAUUUAUUCUCUGGCUGCCAGACCUCUUCCUGUGCCAAAACUGCCACCUGGGGAGCAGUGUGAGGGUGAAGAGGACACAGAGUACAUGACUCCCUCCUCCAGGCCUCUACGGCCUUUGGAUACAUCCCAGAGUUCACGAGCAUGUGAUUGCGACCAGCAGAUUGAUACCUGUACGUAUGAAGCAAUGUAUAAUAUUCAGUCCCAGGCGCCAUCUGUCACCGAGAGCAGCACCUUUGGUGAAGGGAGUUUGGCUGCAGCCCAUGCCAACACUGGCCCCGAGGAGCCAGAAAAUGAGGAUGAUGGGUAUGAUGUCCCUAAGCCACCUGUGCCGGCCGUACUGGCCCGCCGGACUCUGUCAGAUAUCUCUAAUGCCAGCUCCUCCUUUGGCUGGUUGUCUCUGGAUGGUGAUCCCACAACAAAUGUCACUGAAGGUUCCCAAGUUCCCGAGAGACCUCCUAAACCAUUCCCUCGGAGAAUCAACUCUGAACGGAAAGCUGGCAGCUGGCAGCAAGGUAGUGGUGCUGCCGCCUCUGCUGCCACCACCUCGCCUCAGCUCUCCAGUGAGAUUGAGAACCUCAUGAGUCAGGGGUACUCCUACCAGGACAUCCAGAAAGCUUUGGUCAUUGCCCAGAACAACAUCGAGAUGGCCAAAAACAUCCUCCGGGAAUUUGUUUCCAUUUCUUCUCCUGCCCAUGUAGCUACCUAGCACACCACCUCCCUGCUGCAGGUUUAGAGGACCAGUGAGUUGGGAGUUAUUACUGAAGUAGCACCUAGAAGGGCAGGAGUUCCUUUGGUGACUUCACAGUGAAGUCUUGCCCUCUCUGUCGGGUAUCACAUCAGUGGUUCCAAGAUUUCAAAGCAGUGAAAUGAAAAUGGAGCAGCUAGUAUGUUUUAUUAUUUUAUGGGUCUUGAGAGUGCAUUUGAAGGUGUCCUUCAGUUCCCACAUAAAGAGAGUGUGGACUUUAUUACAUGAUAACCUACCUGGGGAACAGCCCAGAAAGCUGUAGAACAAAUAUUUUGCUGGAAAUCCUAAUUGAGGACUUAAGACUUCCUGGGUUAAGGAUGUGGCCGUGUGUGUGUCUGUCUGCCUGUGGUUGUGUGUGUCCUUGUGAUUAUAAGAUUAACCUGCUGUGUGUGUUAAUUCCAGGCAGGGAAUUAGCACAAAAGGUUUAGGAAGGAAUCUUUUUUAAAGACUUCCAUCUACUGUGGUAUUAUACCCAAGCCUAGUGUGUAUUACAACUUCAACACUCCCCUUUGGCUUAUAUCAUGUGCAUAGCUAAAGUCUUCUAUUUUUAGAACACCCUCAGUCUGUUCUUUCCCCAUCAACUCCUUCCUCAUCCUUCUUGGUGUUCUGUCAUUGGCCAUGGGCUUGCUAUGACCAGCCUUACUGAGGCCAAGCAGCUUAUGGGUUGUUCUUUAUUGUGUGUGACGGUACUGGUUUGUUUGGUAGAUAAGUGGGAGGAAAAGUACUGUUGCUACACUAUUAUAGUCAUGUUUGAUACUAGCAGCUAACACUGGUCACUCCAAAGCACUGUUUCUAUAGGAACAUUGAAUCUAUUAAGAUGUUUUGAUUAUCCUAAUUAUAUAAUGACCGAUUUGAGAUAGAGGCCUUUAAAUACAUUCCAUGCCCUCCCCAGAAAAUCGUCUGUGGGAGUCAGUUGCCUUGGUGCCAGGUGUGUGUUCUGAUGUAGGUCAUGAGUCCUUCUACUUAAUGGGAAGGGAAGAACAUUUGUUUCCAGGAUGACUUUCUGGCCAGAGUACCAUAAAGCUUUUAGGAAGCUUCGUUCACAUGCUAUUUAAAUGCACAAAAUAGACAGUAAGGAUUUAUCUGUUCAGUUUUUUUUCCCAGUGAAUUAAUUUCAGCUUAUAUGGGUGUCUUCAUUUGAACAUGAGGAAUAUUAGGUUAGAUUUUCAGCAGUGGUUUUUUUCCUUUGCCCUUUAAGGAGUGGGGAUAAUGCCCAUGGUGGCCCAGCCUCUUGCAGAUAGCACCUUCCCUGCAUUGCUUCCUCCCGAUGAUGUCGUUUCUUUCUUGUGCCUGUGGCUUUGGGAGUGUAACAUCUCUUUCCUCCUUUCCUUCCCUUUUCCUCUUCACCUGAGGUCCUCAAUACUCUCUGUAAUUACUGUGUUCUUCACAGUAAGUAGACAUCAUUCAGUGAAUAAAUUACUGUAGUCAAAGACAAUAUGGGCUGGCAGUUUGUGUAAUUGCAGGUUCAUAAAGAAGAUUGAGAGUCCAGUUUGGAGAACCAUUAGUCAGUUCCUUUAUAUGCUGAUAAAUGAUCCCUCGAGUUCAGUUAGUAUUCUGUCCAGAGUGUUUUGCUGACUUUCUUAGCAGUGUAUAACCUUUCUCCACGUCAGAAGCAAGCCUGCUCUUUGAUAAAUAUGUCUUCCUGAAAAUCUAAAUCAUGCUUUUGUCUUUAGAUCUAGACAGAAAUGACCCUCCUUGGAUCAGUCUUUUUUCUAGUCUUAUCAUCUUUGGAACUAAAACUUGUUCUAACUCCUCUCUUGGCAUUCAGCUACUCCUGAAUCUUUUGGGUUUAUCCUCUGGCCUCAGAGCCAUUUAUGUCCCCAGAGUAGGCAGUACAGGACCUCGUGUUGAUUUGCCGUGGUUACUCAGUAUCUUCUCUACAUGGCAUAAAGCGGCAAAACCCACCAUUAGAUGAGGUAGUCCUGAAUUGAGGUGGAGUGGGGCAGAGGAAAAUGGCAGUGAAUAUCAAACAGUAGACUGCCAUCAGCUUCUAACAGCCAGUAUGUAUACUGUUUCAUUUUGAGGUAAUGUUCAGUUUUGCAUUUUGUUCAAAUAUUGAAGGCCUAGACAAAGAACUAGAAA